GACUAAAUUAUGAGAUAUAACUUCAGCUUUCAGCAGGGAGGUGGUACAAGUAAUCGGGAUUCCCGAUCGAAGUCCGACUCCCUUGCGCAUUAAUCUACUAAAAGCAUGUCAACCAGACAAUUCACCAGCGAAAACAAAAAAAAAACCCACAAAUUCCAACAUACAGACAAUCAAGCCUCGGUAUCUCGGUGAUGAACCAUUCUUGAGUGGACACUAGUUUAAAAGAACUUUUUUCACCGUUAGCGUCCAGUUCCGUCUUCGCCUCAAAUACAAAAGAUAAGAACAAUCACAGGGGUCCGUCAUCGCCUACUGUAUAGUCUAGCCAUUAUCCCCUUCUCUCCCCUAUUAUCUACACCAGCCUGUCAACAACAAAAAACAACACCUCAACCAGACCCAGGUUGCUUGCGCAAGAAACAGCUGGUCCGACUUCUAGAAAAGCAAAUAACAACACAACAAAAGACACCGCCAUCAUGGCAGCUGCCGCAACAGACCAGGCGGCCGAGUACUCACUCAAGGAUGUCGCCUCCCACAAGUCGGCCAACGAUGCGUGGAUGGUGAUCCACGGCCAGGUUUACGACGUCACAAAAUACAUCCACGACCACCCUGGCGGGGCUGAAGUCCUCGUCGAGGCCGCAGGCGCGGACGCCAGCGAGGCCUUCGACUCGGCCGGCCACUCGGAGGAUGCCUUUGAGAUCAUGGCCGAGUACCGCGUCGGCAAGGCCAAGGGCGGCAGCACCAAGAAGCCCGCCGCCAAGGUCGUCCGCAUCGCGAGCGUCCCACCACCGGCCCCUUCAGGCGCAAGUUCGGCGGCCACUAGUCCAAAGAAGAUUGCUGCGGCGGCAUCCGUCGUGACCUUGGGUGCGGUGGCGUUGUAUGGUGCCACUGGUGUCGUCUCGCGGCUGGACGACCGUCACUUCGUCUCCCAGCUCAUCCGUCAGCUCACAAGAUAUCUCCCCCACCUCAAGCUCACAUCUACAGAGCGUCGCGGAGGCCUGGGCUUCAUCCAAGGCUUCGCGCUGGCGGCCGGUCUUGUCGCCGUUGCAGGCACAGUCGCCAUGAGGCGGUUCUCCAAGCUGCUGAGCUUCGGAAAUGGACUCACCCAAUUCCCACCUCACAUGAAGGCGUCAACGCUGCCCAAGCCUGACCCUCUCCUCCAGCGCGGCUGGCUCGACCCGGUACACUGGCAGUCAUUACCCCUGGAAAAGAAGGAGCUCCUCGCGCCGGGAGUGUACCGGCUGACAUUCACCCUGCCGACACCGACCACGGUUCUGGGCCUGCCGACCGGGCAGCACGUCUCCAUCCGGGCCGAGAUCGACGGCAAGAACGUCUCGCGGUCCUACACGCCCGUGUCCAACAACUCGGACCUCGGCGUGCUGGUCCUCGUCAUACGCUGCUACCCAGACGGCCUGCUGACGGGCCGGUACCUGGCCAACCUCGAGGUCGGGGACGAGGUGCAGUUCCGCGGGCCCAAGGGCGCCAUGCGCUACCACCGCAACUCGUGCAAGCGCAUCGGCAUGCUGGCGGGCGGCACGGGCAUCACGCCCAUGUUCCAGCUGAUCCGGGCCAUCUGCGAGGACAGGUGGGACACCACCGAGGUGAGCCUCGUCUACGCCUGCAGGAACGAGGGCGACAUCCUGCUGCGCAAGGAGCUCGAGGCCUUUGCCAGGAAAUACCCCCAGAACCUCAAGGUGCACUACCUGCUCGACGAGGCGCCGGCCGACUGGAAAUACGGCGUCGGCCACGUCACUGCCGAAAUCAUCGCUGAGAGGUUCCCAACGCCGGCGCCAGGAGCCAAGAUCAUGAUCUGCGGCCCGCCCGGUAUGGUUGGUGCUGCCAAGAAAAUGCUUGCAGGCCUCGGCUUCGAACAGCCAGGGGCCAUUUCCAAGAUGGAUGAUCAAGUGUUUUGCUUCUAAGCCGGGCCGUCAAACCAUAUGUGUCCCUGGACAGUUACCGUAGAUCCUUCCUCAGUGUCAGCAGUUCCAUCUUGGGCCUUUUUCAUGGUCGGUGGAUGUUGUUUCCAUAUAAUGAUACCAAAUAGACUUUGGAGUUAGGUUGUUAUUAAAUUCUCAUUUGUAACUUUCAUUUGUAUUCAUAGCAUUAAUAGGCCGGGGAGUUGCUCGAUCUUGAAUUGGAUUUGAAGAUAAUAUUUCUUUCCCAUUUAGGGUGUUUCUUAUGUAUUGUCUGACGAGAAGAAGAACAGCAAAAGCAACAAGGGGUAUACAGACCAAUCAGGUCAACAGCUGAAUAAACAGGAUGCAAAAAAAAAGACAUUCAUAAAAUGGGUAUUGUGCUAGUGUAUGCAAUCGGGGUUUGGGAGCGAGCCAUGAACAGACAGCUCUUGCCCC